AUGUCAGACUCCGUGACACCUGUUUCAAAGAAUGCCUCCGACCACAUUGAGCGUACCAGUACAGACGGCGGUCAUCUAGACCACAAUCCGUGCCCUAACGUUCCAGUGGUCAAACACACCUUUGCAAAUACUGCGCCCCUAGGAUUACUCUCCUUCGCUACUGAAUUAAUCACCGGCAAUACAUUUGGUGGUACCUUGUUCUGUGCAUAUGCCGCCUUUAACUUCGCCUACGCGAUGAUUUUCCUACCAGGAACAGGGAUCAUAGCUGCAUAUACCGAUCCCACGACGGGAGAGAUUUCAGGCGAGUUUGAACAAGCCGUGGGUGUGUUUCUUCUGGCAUGGUUUAUCUUGACAGUGAUCAUGUCUAUUGGGGCGAUGCGCUCUUCCUGGGUUUUAUUUGUCGCCCUAGUCUUCUUGAGCCUUUGUUUGUUGCUUCUUGCCGUUGGGAACAUGACUGGCAAUACUGCAGCGCUAAAGGCUGGUGACUCGUUUGGCUUAAUUGUGGCAUUUCUUACCUACUGGGCAGGGGCUGCCGGGCUGUGGGCAGGAAACACCACAGCUAUCAAUCUCCCUACCUUUGAGAUGUACAAGGGUGGCCAAGCGGCCUAA